GAAAGAGGGAAAGGAAACUCUAUCAGGCCAUUUCUUUUCUACUACUCCGUACUUGCAAAUUCUUUCUGCAGCUCCGACAGAAGAAGCUCAAUAAUUACCUUCCAGAGCUUAGCGGCGGAGUUUGAGACGAUGUCACCUUCCCUCGCCGCGGUUCCAGGCACGGUUAGGACAGAUUUGUUCAGCACAAAUGGGACAUUUGUAAUUGCCCCUGCAAGAAUCAACCUGAGAGGCAAGUGCAAAUUGAGUAAAAAGGGUUUCGGGUUUAGGGGAAUUUUUGCUUCCGGAGCUUCUGUUAUAAGCCAUUCUGAACCUGCUGCACAACCACCUCAAGGACCGGAAAUGCUGCCAUUUAAGCCAGAGGGGUACAACUUCUGGACGUGGAAAGGCCACAGAGUUCAUUACGUGGUGGAAGGAGAGGGGUUCCCGAUUGUUUUAGUUCAUGGGUUUGGCGCUUCUGCGUAUCACUGGAGGUAUAAUAUACCUGAACUGGCUAAAAAGUACAAGGUUUAUGCUCUGGAUUUGCUUGGUUUUGGAUGGAGUGAGAAGGCCCUCAUUGAGUACGAUACCUUGAUCUGGAGAGAUCAGCUUAUGGAUUUCUUGAAAGAGAUAGUCAAAGAGCCAGCAGUUUUUGUUGGAAACAGUCUAGGAGGAUUCACAACAUUGGUGGCAGCAGCAGCGUAUCCAGAGAAGGUUAAAGGAGUUGUAUUGUUAAACAGUGCAGGAAACUUUGCGGAUGCAAGUGCUACAGAUAAUGAGCAAGAAGACACAACCUUACAGAAAUUUGUCCUGAAUCCUGUGAAGGAGAUCAUUCAGCGCAUUGUUCUUGGAGUUUUGUUUUGGCAAGCCAAACAACCUGCUCGAAUUGAAUCUAUUCUCAAGAGUGUCUACAUAAAUUCAUCAAAUGUAGAUGAUUAUCUCAUUGAUUCAAUAUCAUGGCCUGCAGCUGACCCCAAUGCAGGAGAGGUGUAUUACAGGCUGAUGACACGAAUUAUGUCAAAGCAAAGAAAGUACACUCUCGAUGCGAUCUUGACCCAACUAUCUUGCCCACUGCUGUUACUGUGGGGGGAUUUGGACCCCUGGAUUAGUCCUGUGAAGGCCAGUCGAAUCAAGGAGUUUUACCCGAAUACUUCACUUGUUAACCUGCAGGCAGGGCAUUGUCCCCACGAUGAAGUUCCAGAGCUUGUGAAUAAAGAACUGUUGGAUUGGCUGUCAACCCUAAACCUCUGAUCCCUUCUCACUCUCCACAGAAAAUAAUCUCUAUUUAGCCCUCUCUGGACAGCUUAUAUCUUCAUUUUGAGGUUUGGGGUUCGCUGUAAACACAUUUUCGUUUUCUUUUAUUUGUUUUAGGUGAAAAGUUGUCUGUGCUAGUCUCCUCAGAGUUCUUGUAUCAAUUAUCCUUAUAUGGCCAUGUUUGAUUGGAGAUAACGGAAGAAAUGUAUAGCUUAUUUGUCCAUCCUCAAAGCUACUUCAAUGGGAGGAGAAUCAAAGGCCUAUGUAUAGAAUAUACAUAGCACUGUAACAUGUUCCCAAUGUUUUGUUGUGUAAAAUUGUUGGGGAAAAUUUUCGCUCUACCAAUGUAACACGCCUUCCCAAGUCCCAAUCUAAGAGGCACAUAUUCCAGAAGAAGGGAGAACCUCCUUGGAGAUUCUACACAUAUUAUACUCUUCCUGUUUGUCUUCUCCUUCCCAAUAGAGCUUUGAGCUCCAU